AUGACAACAAAGCGAAGAAGAGGGGAGGAGGAAGAAGAGAAAGAAAGGAAGUACAAGGAAGCGGAAAACAUCUCGAAAUCUUCGGAAAAAAUUAGCUUGGAGCAUAGAAUUCAGUUGCAGAAACUUAAAGAAAAGGACCCUGAAUUCUAUCAAUAUUUGCAAGAGCAUGAUGAGGAGGUUUUACAAUUUGAUGAUGAGGAGAUUGAGGAAGAUGCUGAUACUGAACUGGAGGCUGCAGAUAUGCAAGUGGAUGAAGAAACAAGCGAUCAUGAUAUUACAGAAAAGGAAGAUAAACCUUCUAAAAGUGCUAUUACCACUGCUAUGGUUGACUCUUGGUGUCAAUCAGUUCGAGAAAAUGGAAAAGUAGGUGCUGUCCGUUCUCUUAUGAAAGCUUUCAGAAUUGCAUGCCACUAUGGUGAUGAUGGUGGGGAUGACUCUUCAAUCAAGUUCACUGUCAUGUCCAGCAGUGUCUUUAAUAAGAUAAUGUCGUUUGUACUCGGUGAAAUGGAUGGAAUUCUUCGUAAAUUGUUGGGCCUACCUGCUUCUGGUGGUAAGAAAGAAACUAUAAAUAAUUUGAUGAGUACAAGAAAAUGGAAGAACUACAGCCACCUGGUGAAGUCGUAUCUUGGAAAUGCCCUACAUGUUCUGAACCAAAUGACUGACACAGAUAUGAUAUCUUUUACAUUAAGACGUCUCAAAUAUUCUGCUGUACUUUUGGGUGCUUUUCCAAAUCUAUUACGGAAGUACAUGAAGGUUGUCCUUCACUUUUGGGGUACAGGAGGAGGAGCCCUCCCUGUUGUAUGUUUCCUUUUUCUGAGAGAUUUAUGCAUUCGACUUGGAUCUGACUGUUUAGAUGAAUGCUUCAAAGGGAUAUACAAAGCCUAUGUUUUGAACUGUCAGUUUAUAAAUGCCUCAAAGUUGCAGCACAUCCAUUUUCUCGGGAAUUGUGUCAUAGAACUUCUUGGUGUAGAUCUUCCAACUGCAUAUCAACAUGCCUUUGUUUUCAUCAGGCAACAGGCUAUGAUUUUGCGCGAUGCAAUUACUAUGAAAACUAAGGAAUCAUUUCGCAAAGUUUAUGAAUGGAAGUUCAUAAAUUGCCUUGAACUUUGGACUGGUGCUAUCUGUGCUUACAGUUCAGAAGCUGAUCUUAGGCCUCUUGCUUAUCCAUUGUCCCAAAUAAUUUCUGGAGUUGCCCGCCUAGUUCCAACUGCUCGUUAUUUCCCCCUCAGAUUGAGGUGUAUUAGAAUGCUGAACCGGAUUGCUGCUUCUACUGGUACCUUUAUACCUGUUUCUAUACUUCUUUUGGAUAUGCUGGAGAUGAAAGAGUUAAAUAGGCGCCCUACUGGUGGUGUUGGGAAAGCUGUUGAUUUACGUACCAUAUUAAAGGUGAGCAAGCCUACCUUGAAGACGAGAGCAUUUCAGGAGGCAUGCGUAUUUUCUGUGGUUGAAGAGCUUGCUGAACAUUUAGCUCAAUGGAGCUGUUCUGUUGCUUUCUUUGAACUGUCUUUUGUUCCAGUUGUGCGGUUGCGUAAUUUUUGCAAAACUACUAAAAUUGAAAGGUUCAGAAAAGAAAUACGUCAGCUUAUUUAUCAGGUUGAGGCUAAUUCUAAGUUCACGAAUGAAAAGCGCAUGUCCAUAAGUUUUCUACCAAGUGAUCCAGCAGCUACAUCUUUUCUUGAGGAUGAGAAAAAGUCAGGGGCCAGCCCUCUGUUACAGUAUGUUGAAACUCUACGGAAGAGGGCACAACAGCAAAAAGAUUCAUUGGAGGAAUCCAGCGUUCUUGUGGGUGAAAAAUCAUCUUUCUUUGCCAAGAAAGUGUCGGAAAUCAAUGAAGAUGAUGAUAGUGAGACUGAGAAAAGUGCUGCCGUCUUUAGUUCCUCCUGGUUACCGGGAGGUGAUUCCAGGACGAAGCCCUCAAAGGAGAAAAAGAAAACAAAGAAGAGAAAGGCAGAGCAGCAAGACGCAGAGGAAGAUGUUGUGGAGGAUCUGAUUCUUAGUUCUGAUGAAGAUGGAUCUGUCAGUGACCCGCUUUCUUCUUCUGACAACGAUGAAGAUGAGAAAUCAUUGCCUCCUAAACUGCAGAGUCAGAAGCAGAAACCUUCUGAGAAAUUAUCGAAGAAGAGAUCUCGGCCAAGGAAAAAGAGGAAGUCUUCUGAUAGUAAAGUUGAUAAAGCAAAAUCUGUGCCUCCUGAACAGCAACACAUGAAGUCGAGACCUUCUGGAAUUUUGUCAAAGAAAAAUGUGCGAUCUCAGAAGAGGAAGAGGAAACAGAACUGAACUGGCUGAUGCAUAAGCAAAAGAAGUUCCAACAGCGAGAAAAGUAAUUGAUGGAAAAUUGUAUUACACUCACAUUUCCAAUAUGAUUUUGUUUGGAAUAUAUAAGAGAAAGAAAAAAGCAUAAAUUAUUUUGUCUACAAAUUUCUGAUGUGCUCAAAGUCAAAGCUCAAUUCUUAGGAAAAGAAGCAUUAUAGUUGAAUUUUGUGUUCAAGUUGCAUUGUGACCAACACUUGAAUGGCCUGAUACAUUCAAGAACUUCUAUUUUUGGAAUUUAUUUUAUUUUAUUUUUGUAUGAUACGAAUCAAAUUCUUUCAA